AAGAUCAUGAAAUAUAUUCUGCUGAUGAUGAAACAGCCAAACAGAUCUUAAGUUCUUUAUUUAAAUCUUCUUUAGAAUUUCCUUCAUUUUUAAAUUUUAAUGAAAUAAUUUCUAAUGUAUAA